CGCUCCAGGAGCUCCCAACCCGCGCGGCGCGCUCUUUCUCCGACAGCUGCUCUGGGAGCUCUGCGCGCCCUGCUGUUCCGUGCCUGGCCCGUCUGUCCCCUCUGAUUGUGCCUAGCGAUGACCACCCAGCAAAUUGUCCUUCAGGGCCCGGGACCCUGGGGUUUCCGCCUCGUAGGCGGCAAGGACUUCGAGCAACCUCUCGCCAUUUCCCGGGUCACUCCCGGAAGCAAGGCUGCUAUAGCUAAUUUAUGUAUUGGAGAUUUAAUCACAGCCAUCGAUGGAGAAGAUACCAGCAGUAUGACACACUUGGAAGCUCAGAACAAAAUCAAGGGCUGUACAGACAACAUGACACUCACCGUAUCCAGGUCUGAGCAAAAAAUUUGGUCUCCUUUGGUGAGUGAGGAGGGGAAACGUCAUCCAUACAAGAUGAAUUUAGCAUCAGAACCCCAAGAGGUCCUGCACAUAGGAAGUGCCCACAACCGAAGCGCGAUGCCAUUUACUGCCUCACCUGCCCCCAGCAGUGCCCCCCGGAUCAUCACAAACCAGUACAACAACCCCACUGGCCUCUACUCUCCUGAAAACAUCUCCAGCUUCAACAGUGCCGUGGAGUCGAAGACAGCAGGCAGCGGGGAGGAGGCGAAGAGCAGACACUCGGAUCAGCCACAUCCUUCAGGCAGCCUCAUCAUCGACAAGGAAUCUGAAGUUUACAAGAUGCUUCAGGAGAAGCAGGAGUUAAACGAGCCCCCCAAACAGUCCACCUCCUUCCUGCUUCUGCAGGAGAUCCUGGAGUCAGAUGGGAAAGGGGAUCCCAACAAGCCCUCAGGAUUCAGAAGUGUUAAAGCUCCCGUCACCAAAGUGGCUGCUUCAGUUGGAAAUGCUCAGAAGCUGCCCAUGUGUGACAGAUGUGGUACUGGCAUUGUGGGAGUGUUUGUGAAGCUGAGGGACCAUCACCGCCACCCUGAAUGCUAUGUGUGUACCGACUGUGGCACCAACUUGAAACAGAAGGGCCAUUUCUUCGUAGAGGAUCAGAUUUACUGUGAAAAGCAUGCCCGGGAGCGGGUCACACCACCUGAGGGCUAUGAUGUGGUCACUGUGUUCCCCAAGUGAUUGAGGGGACCGGCCCUGCCUGCACCCACCAUCCAGCCUGCUGUACCUGGUUCUCUGAAUGUUCUGGCCUCUCCUCCCUGACAGUUCUGUGCUUACCUAGUGUUAGUCCUGCUCGGUGAACACUGUGUUUCGCCUGUGCUGACUCCCACUAGCAGUGUGAUGCCUGCUUUUACACUACUGGAAAUGGUUUUGUCCCUUGUCCCCUCUCCCGCACCACCAUACACCUUCUUCACUUGGGUCUUCUCUGCUGCAAAUGGACGUUGGUCACAAUGGAACGAAGCCAAAUGUAGUAUCUCUCACGUUGAUUUUUGUUUUACUUAAUAAAUUUAGACUCUAAAGCA